UUAACAUUGGCAAAGCAAGUGAAGUAGAUAAUACUUCGUUCUCUCUUUCGCUAUACGGAGGUGAGUUCCUUCGACGCACUAAUGCCGAAUUCUCUCUAGCAGUAUCACGGGUGGAGCGAGAGGGAGUGCGAGCGCGUAGGCUAUCAAGUGGACAGGAUAUCGGAGCCCACCGGCUUGGAUUAUUUGAUCAAGCAUUUUUGCCUGGUUGCAAGACACCUUUCAUGGCAGUCUCGUGGUCCCACUAGCCACAGCAGGGAAUUUACAUGUAUUACCGCAUUAAAUGGCUUUAUUAGCCAGAUCUUUAUACUGAUCCCACAGUCCGCUGUAUAUAUAUAUAUUUGUAUAGGGUACUUGACUACUAUGCCAGCGAAGAAACACGGCGUCGCGAGGCUCUGUUCAUAAUUUGCUCACUGGUUCAUUGAUACAGGCACCUCAUCGACUGAUUUCACGUCUAUUUCGGUGAAAAACAAACUCAUACCUGGAAUUGGGGUUAAGGGUCGCUCAGGGAAACAGGCGCAAUGGCCAAUGCCUCCACAGACCUGGACAACGCGGAGGCCCAACGCCAGCUCAACAACAACAACACCCGUCUGGCAGGCAGCUCGGGACACUGGGAAACUGAGGUCACCAGCUCCAAGCUGUUUGAGUGUUCCCGCAUCAAGGCCUUGGCAGAAGAGAGAGAUGCUGUCCAGAAGAAGACCUUCACUAAGUGGGUGAACUCCCACCUGGCAAGAGUGUCCUGUCGAAUCGCUGAUCUCUAUAACGACCUCCGGGACGGCUACAUGCUCACCAGGCUGCUGGAGGUCCUGUCUGGGGAGAUGCUGCCGAGGCCCACGCGGGGUCGCAUGCGUAUCCACUGCCUGGAGAACGUGGACAAGGCCCUGCAGUUCCUCAAGGAGCAGAGGGUCCACCUGGAGAACGUCGGCUCACACGACAUCGUCGACGGCAACCACCGUCUCACCCUUGGCCUCAUCUGGACCGUCAUCCUUCGCUUCCAGAUCCAGGUGAUUAAGAUUGAGUGUGACGACAACCGGGAGACGCGGUCGGCAAAGGAUGCCCUGCUACUCUGGUGCCAGAUGAAAACUGCUGGGUACUCUGAGGUCCACAUCCAGAACUUCACCACCUGCUGGAGAGAUGGUCUCGCCUUCAACGCUCUCAUUCACCGACACAGGCCUGAUUUGAUUGAAUUCCAUAAGCUGAUCCGGUCAAAUGCCACACACAACCUCCAGCAAGCCUUCAACAUUGCUGAGCAGAACCUGGGGCUCACCAAACUCCUGGACCCUGAAGACGUGAAUACAGAGAACCCAGAUGAGAAGUCGAUAAUAACCUAUGUUGUGUCCUACUACCAUUACUUCUCCAAGAUGAAAGCCCUUCGAGUAGAGGGCAAGAGAGUGGGAAAGGUGUUGGACAAUGCCAUUGAGGGUCAGAAGAUGAUCGAUCGAUAUGAGGCUCUGGCCUCGGAGCUCCUGGAGUGGAUUGAGAAGACCAUAGGCAUCAUCAGCAACCAGAAGUUUGCCAACUCCUUAACGGGUGUCCAGCAACAGCUUCAAGCCUUCACCACCUACUGCACCAUCGAGAAGCCCAUCAAGUUCCAGGAGAAGGGGAACCUGGAAGUGCUCCUCUUUACUAUCCAAAGCAAGCUCAGAGCUAACAACCAGAAACCAUACGUGCCUCAUGAAGGGAAACUCAUCUCUGAUAUCAACAAGGCGUGGGAGAGGCUGGAGAAGGCGGAGCAUGAGAGAGGUGUGGCCCUACGUCAGGAGCUGAUUCGCCAGGAGAAGCUGGAGCUGCUGGCCCAGCGGUUUGACCACAAGACCACCAUGAGACAGGCGUGGCUCAACGAGAACCAGCGCCUCGUGUCUCAGGAUAACUUUGGCUACGACCUGCCAGCGGUGGAGGCCGCCAUGAAGAAGCACGAGGCCAUUGAGGCAGACAUCUCGUCGUACGAGGAGCGCAUCGGGGUGGUGGUGGAGCUGGCUGGGGAGAUAGAGACGGAAGGCUACUACGACAUCCGGCGCAUCUCGGCCCGAAAGGAGAACAUCCUGGGCCAGUGGAGCCUGCUGAAGGAGCUGGUGGUGGGGAGGAAGGCCCGGUUGGAGAAGAACCUGGCUCUGCAGAAGACCUUCCAGGACAUGGUCUAUAUGAUCGACUGGAUGGAGGACAUGCAGGUCCAGCUCCUGUCCAAAGACUUCGGCAAGCAUCUGCUGGAGGUGGACGACCUGCUGCAGAAACACAGCCUCCAGGAAGCUGACAUCACAGCGCAGGCAGAGAGGGUGCAGACCCUUAACUCAGCCGCUCUCAAAUUCACCACCAUCGAAGGCUACCAGCCCUGUGACCCCCAGGUGAUCUGCAACCGGGUCAACCACGUCAGCACCUGCCUGGAGGAGCUCAAGCAGCUGGCGGCCAAGCGGCGCUCGGAGCUGGAGGAGUCUCAGCACCUCUGGGCCUUCUUCCAGGAGGUGGAGGAGUCCGAGGCCUGGAUCCGCGAGAAGAGCUCCAUCCUGGCCACCCAGACCUGCGGCAAGGACCUGAGCAGCGUGCUGCGGCUGCUCCAGAAACACAAGACCCUGGCUGGGGAGCUGCUGGCCCACCGCUCCCUCCUCCAACAGACCAUGAAGAAGGGCAAGCAGAUCCUGAUGGAGAAGAGUUUCGGCACGGGGGGCAUCCAGGAGCGCAUCAUGGAGGUGAAAGGGGAGUGGAAGAGGCUGGAGGACCAGGCGGCGCAGAGACUGGGCCACCUGCAGGAGGCACUCAAUUUCUUCCAGUUCAGCACAGAGACGGACGACCUGCUGGCCUGGCUGCAGGACGCCUACCGCCUGGUUUCCAGCGAGGACUUUGGCCACGAUGAGUACUCCACCCAGUCACUGCUCAAGAAGCACCGGGGUGUGUGCGAGGCCGUGGACAAGCACCGGAUGCACGUGGUAACUCUGCGCAAACACAUGGUGGCGCUGCCACUGCAUUACCGGGAGCUGGACGAGGUGCAGUCGAGGAUGGGCGAGGCGGAGCAGCUGUACGCCGAGGUGGCCGAGGUGGCCGUCCUGAGGCAGCAGUGGCUGCACGACGCGCUGGCCGUCUACCUCAUGUUCAGCGAGGUCAACGCCUGCGAGGUGUGGAUCGACGAGAAGGAGCAGUGGCUCAACAAGAUGGAGGUUCCAGAGAGGCUGGAGGACGUAGAGGUCAUAGCCCACAGGUUUGAGAGCCUGGACCAGGAGAUGAACAGCCUGAUGGGAAGGAUCCUGGACGUGAACCAGAUAGUGCAGCAGCUCCUGGACAGUGGUCACCCCAGCUCUACAGAGGUCAGAGGCUGUCAGGACCACCUCAACAGCAGAUGGAACCGCAUCGUGGAGAUGGUGGAGCAGAAAAAGGACCACCUGGACUCUGUCCUCCGUCUCCAGAACUACCUGCUGGAGUGUGCUGAGAUCAAGUCUCAGAUCCAGGAGAAGCGCAAGGCCAUCGACGCCACUCAGUACGUGGGCAGUGACCUGGGCGGGGUGCUGGCCCUGCAGCGCCGACUCUCCACCAUGGAGGGGGCCCUGGCCGUGCUGGAGCCCAAGCUGCUUCACCUGCAGCAGGAGGCAGAGGAGCUGGCUAUCUCGCACCCGGCCAAGGCCAUGGAGGUCCUGGAGCACUUCGAGGGCAUCAGUGUGGAGUGGGAGGAGCUGAAGCGCACGCUGCAGGGCUGCGAGGACUCUCUGAUGGUGGCGGGGCGGCUGCAGCAGUUCAUCCAGGACCUGGACUCCUUCCUGACGUGGCUGGUGCACACGCAGACGGCGGCAGCUAGCGACGAGCUGCCCAACGCGCUGGAGGAGGCCGAGAGGCUGAUCAACCGCCACGCGGCGCUGAAGGAGGAGAUCGGGAGGUACGAGGAGGACUACGAUCGGCUGCAGGCGGUCAACGAGCUGCUGGAGGCCGAGGAGGCUCCGCUGCCAUACGCGGCGCUGCAGCAGUGGCUCCAGAAGCUGGAUGUGGGCUGGAACAAGCUGCUGGAGAUGUGGGAGAGCCGGAGGGAGGUGCUGGUUCAGGCGCACAUCUUCCACCUCUUCCUGAGGGACGUCAAGCAGGCCGAGGCCUUCCUCAACAACCAGGAGUCAGCCUUGGCCCACGUUGAGCUCCCCGCCACGGUGGAGACGGUGGAGGCUGCCAUCAAGAAGCACAAGGACUUCACCACCACCAUGGAGCUCAACCUGCAUCGCAUCAAGGCUGUCAUCGAGGCUGGAGAGAGCCUCAUUAGCCAGAGCAACAUCUACUCGGACCGUAUCAGGGAGCGUGUGGACACCCUGGCUAACAGAGGCAACCAGAACCGGGAAUUGGCCCAACAGUGGCUGGAGAGGCUCAACGGCCAGUGGGGGCUCCAGAGGUUACUACAGGACUGCCACGAGCUUGGAGACUGGGUGGCAGAGAAGAUGCUCAUGGCUCGUGACACGUCCCGCGAUGAGACGCAGAAGCUGCACAAGAAGUGGCUGAAGCACCAGGCCUUCAUGGCCGAGCUGUCCCAGAACAAGGAGUGGCUGGAGAAGAUUGAGAGGGAGGGCCAGCAGUUGAUCCAGGAGAAGCCCGAGCUGAGCCCGGUGGUGCGGAGGAAGCUGGGGGAGAUCCGGGAGUGUUGGCAGGACCUGGAGAGCACCACCCAGGCCAAGGCCCGCCAGCUGUUUGAAGCCAACCGGGCCGAUCUGCUGGUGCAGAGCUACGCCAGCCUGGACCAUCGGCUGCACCAGCUGGAGGGACAACUGUGCUACGUGGACCAGGGUCAGGACCUGACCAGCGUCAACAAGCAGCUCAAGAAGCUCCAGACGAUGGAGUGUCAGAUGGAGGAGUGGUAUAAGGAGGUGGGGGAGCUGCAGGUGGCGGCGGCCUCCAUCCCCCAGCAGGGCCAGGUCAUGGAGACGGUUGGCGAGCGCCAGGCCGCCGUGGAGACGCGCAUCGUCCGCCUCAUCGAGCCGCUCAAGGAGCGCCGGCGCAUCCUUCUGGCCUCCAAGGAGGUUCACCAAGUGGGCCGGGACCUGGAGGACGAGAUACUGUGGGUGCAGGAGCGGCUGCCUGCCGCCACGUCUCAGGAGCACGGCUCCAGUCUCCAGGCUGUGCAGCGCCUCAUGAAGAAAAACCAGACUCUGCAGAGGGAGCUGCAGGGCCAUCGGGCGAGGGUGGAGGACGUCCUGGAACGAGCUAAUGUCAUCGCCUCCAUCCGCAGCCCCGAGGCUGACUGUGUGCGGGCGGGCUUGGAGCAGCUCAGCGGGCUGUGGGGUCUGCUGUGGGCUGAGACAGAGAGAAGACAGCUGGUGCUAGAUGCCAUGUACCAGGCUCAGCAGUACUACUUUGACACGGCCGAGGUGGAGGCCUGGCUCAGCGAACAGGAGCUGCACAUGAUGAACGAGGAAAAGGGCAAGGAUGAGCCCAGCACACUGCAGCUACUGAAGAAGCACCUGGUACUGGAGCAGACGAUAGAGGACUACGCUGAGACGAUAGGCCUUCUCUCCCAGCAGUGCAGACAGCUACUGGAGAUGGGACAUCCAGACAGUGAGCAGAUCAGUAAGUGUCAGUCUCAGAUGGACCGGCUGUACGUGUCUCUGAAGGACCUGGUGGAGGAGAGGAAGUCUCGUCUGGAGCAGCAGUACUGGCUCUACCAGCUCAACCAUGAGGUGGAUGAGCUGGAGCAGUGGAUCGCUGAGAGGGAGGUGGUGGCCAGCUCGCCAGAACUGGGACAGGACUUUGAACACGUCACGAUCCUGCAGGAGAAGUUUACAGAGUUUGCGUCGGAGACGGGCAGUCUGGGUCAGGAGCGUGUGACGGCGGUUAACCAGAUGGUGGAUGAGCUGAUCGACUACGGCCACGCCGAGGCUGCCACUAUCGCUGAGUGGAAGGACGGUGUGAACGAGGCCUGGGCCGACCUCCUGGAGCUCAUGGAGACCCGGGCACAGAUGCUGGCCGCCUCGCACCAGCUCCACAAGUUCUUCACCGACUGCCGCGAGAUCUUGGCCCAAAUCGAUGAUAAGCAGCGGAGGCUGCCCGAGGUGCGGGCGCGCCAGGGUGGCACCGCCAACACCAGCACCCUGCAGAGGCUCAUGCACAGCUUCGAGCACGACAUCCAGCUGCUCGUAACUCAGGUGAGGCAGCUCCAGGAGAGUGCGGGUCAGCUCCGGACCAUCUACGCCGGGCAGAAGGCUGAGGCGAUUGCCGGCCGGGAACAGGAAGUGAUGCAUUGCUGGAAGGAGCUCUUGACGUCCUGUGAGGAGUGCCGAGUGCAGAUCACCACGGCAACAGACAAGCUGCGGUUCUUCGGGGUGGUGCGAGACCAGAUCAUGUGGAUGGACAGCAUCAUCUCUCAGAUCGGCACAGGGGACAAUCCAAGCAUUCCCCACAGCGAUAUAACGGGCUCUGGACUCUCUGGUCCUUUCAGGGAUGUGUCCUCAGUGGAGGUACUGAUGAACUACCACCAGAGCUUGAAGAGCGAGGUGGAGGCGCGCAGUAAGAGUGUGCUGCAGUGCAUCGAGAUGGGCAAGACGCUGCUGGCCGCGCGCAACCCUGCUGCUGAGGAGAUCAAGGAGAAGCUGGAUAAGGUGGUGGCCAAGCAGUACGAGCUGUCUGAGAAAUGGGACAAACACUGGGAGGUCCUGCAGCACAUGCUGGAGGUGCACCAGUUUGCCCAGGAAGCGGUGGUGGCCGAGGCCUGGCUCACGGCCCAGGAGCCCUUCAUCAAUAGCAAGGAGCUGGGUGCCAGUGUGGACGAGGUGGAGCAACUCAUCCGCCGCCACGAGGCCUUCCGCAAGGCCGCCGCCACCUGGGAGGAGCGCUUCAGCUCACUACGACGCCUCACCACGGUGGAGAAGAUGAAAGCAGAGCAAAGUAAGCUCCCUCCCACCCCCCUGCUGGGUCGAAAGGUGUUCCUGGACCCCCAGGAGACGUCCCCUGCCCGGAGCCAGGGCUCCCCACUGAUGAGACGGAUCAUUUACGAGCAGGCCGAGCACAGAGCUGAAAGGCCCUCCCAGGAACCCUUGCCCUCCUCCGUGGCCCGCCGCUUGGGAUCCACCGUGGCCAACUACACCCCCAUCAUGAACGGCUCCAGUGGCUACCGCAGCAGCCUGGAGGCCUGGGCCAUGCCCGUGAUGGGGGGAGUGGUUGGAGGUGUAGUGGGGGUGGCAGCUGGCCUGGGAACAACCGCCAUGGAGGCCAGAGGGGUGGCAGCAGGGUUGGGGACUGCCGCCUCGGAAGCCAGAGGGUUGGCAGUAGAAUUGGUCACCCCCGCGGUCGAGGCCAAAGGGAUAGCUGCAAGCUUGGUGACUGGUGCAGCCACGGCAGUGGAGGUGAAAGCCUCACAGUACCUCCGGCAGCCUAAGAUCAAACACAUGGACGACAUGGUGACGCCCAUGCUGGUGGCCUGUAGGCUGGAGAAGGUGAGAGAGAAGGAGGUGAGAGAGAGGGAGCAGAGAGAGAGGGAGAGAGAUAUUUUGUUAAUAGAGCCAGCGCCGGUGAUGCCGGUGAUGGCCGAGGUGGUGCUCCAGGAGAUGGGGAGGGAGGGGAUGGGCAGGGAGAGGUUGAACAGUGAGCCCAGCAGCAGAGACCACCGGGCGGGGAGCAGCCGGUCGGAGCCCCAGCAGAGAGACAGGGACAGAGACAGUAGGGACAGUAGGGACAGUCACAGGGAAGCCAGGCUGGAGCGCCAGCACUCUAGUGAGGUGCUGAUGAUUCAGGCACGGCGGGAUGAGCUGCCCCAGGAGGUGUGGCGGGAACGGGCCGAGCGCAAAGAGAGGAAGCUGGAGAGGCAGACGUCCAGCGAGCAGGAAGGCCACGGACACGAAGGCCGGAGGAAAGACCGCCACCGGACGGAGAGACAAGAGUCCAGUGAACACGACACAGCCAAGGAGCAGUCAGACAGACGUUCUACGGAGAAAAGGUCAGGCGGCCAGACCUUGUUUGACAUAGUGGAGCAGCUAAAAGACAGAGAGGCAGCAACGGCCCGAGGGGAGGUCCCUAAAGUGCCGAACGGCGUGCCAGAGAAGUCUUCCGGACGUCCAGACCGGCCGCGAGCACGGGACCGCCCCAAGCCCCGGCGGAGACCCAGGCCCAAGGACCACUCUGCAGGAGAGGCCACCACCCGGCGGUCACGCUCAGCGCCAGAGCCAGGGAUGGCCCAGAGUGUGAGCCCCUCAGUCCUCCAGCCGCCCAGCCACACUGCCCACCACGAGGGCUUCCUCUUCCGCAAGCUGGACAUCGAGACCAUGAGGAAGAGCUCUAACAGCAGAUCCUGGGUCAACCUGUACUGUGUGCUGAACAAAGGAGAGAUAGGCUUCUAUAAGGACGCUAAGAACACCGCCACACCUUACAACAACGAGCCCAUGCUCAACCUCGGCCACUGCCACUGCGACGUCACCCUUGGAUACAAGAAGAAGAAAAACGUCUUUACGCUUAAAACGAAAGACGGAAGUGAAUUUCUGUUCCAUGCAAAGGACGAGUCACAGGAUGAUCUAAAGGCCUGGACCACCAACAUCAACAAGAGCAUCGCAGAGCAUGAGGAGAUUGCCAAAUGGGGUCAGCCCCAGCCUACUACCUCAUCCACGGACGAGGGCACGCGCCGCGACGGCAGCAAGGCCGAUAACAAGUCUGACCGGGGGGAAAGGCCGGAGAGGGCCGAGCGCUCUGAGAGGUCGGAUAAGGGUGAGACCAAAUCGGACACCAAGCGUUCAGAAAAGUCCAGCAAGAAGAAAUGAGUUUGAUGUUGUGCGCUGGGUGGGGGAAAGGGAGAGAGGUUUAAAAGACUCCCAGUCAAGACCCAUCCUUUUCACCUCGUCCACCUGCUUCAGUUCUGUUUAGUGUCAAAAAAGACAGGAACAUCACCCUGGUGAACUGACAUGAGGGAUUUGAAGCACGAAUAUCAGUGUGUCCCUCAUCGUUGCCCCCUCUCUAUAUCUCUGUUGCUCUGAGGGUGUCAGUCCUGGGCACUAACACUUAUUGCCCGGCUUGUUCCACCUCUGCCCUCUGGUGGUGACAUUGGUGCACUGCAGAAAGCAGAUGCUCCUCGUCAGGGCAGCAGUGUGAGAGAGAUGGGCACAUGUAACAAGAGGGUUGUUAUCACUGGUGGUAUGAAGAAGUAGCUCAUAACGUUUUAAGUUUAUUUUUUUGUAAGAGAUCUGUAUGUAAAUCUUGUCUGUCUAUUUAUGUAUUGUAUGUCUAGAACAUCCAAUCUUAUACUCCCAAACAAAAGAGAAUGAAAUAUGCCUAAAUGUUUUUCACAACUGGCCUCUUUUUGGAGAACAAUUAUGUUAUGUUGUUUCCUUUUUGUAUUUCUGCUCAUUCACUUUGCCUUCAUUCUUUUCUGGGCUUUUCUCACUUUUUGGAUUUUCUUCAGUACAAAACUAUAAUGUCAUCAAACUCAACAUUGAGCCAGAGGACAAAAAGAAGAGGCAGAGAACAUCAGCUUUCACAGAGCUUGUUCUGGCUUUUGGAUGGAUGAGCUGGAACCUUUACCUGGAGGCUGGCCCCCGCGGCCAUACUCAUCUAUGCCUUCAUCUGGGACCCCCGAGGGGCCCCCAGGGACCCAGCAGCCAUAGCCACCCAGCAUCAGAGGGACAGGACUGGAAGCCAUCUGGCAAGACCUCAAGCCUCCUUCCUUCUCAAAGACCAUCAGAUGGUGGUAACCACACUCCACAUACCCAGUCAACAUAAUUUCUGUCCAUUCAGAAAAUAUCACAAUGCUUUUUUAUAGACAGUCAAAAAAAUAGAAAUGAAGUUGUGUGUCUGAGCAUGUGUGUGCGGAUGUGUGUGUCUGUUCAGCUUCUCACCACUCCCAGGGUUUUCAUAGCUCAGGUUUGUUUUGUUCACAUCUGCGUCCUCGGUUCUCCCUCAGUCUUCCAGGCACUGCCGUUCCACAGGCCAGGCUUCUUAACAAUUAACCACAGGAGUUGAUGAGGACCCAGCAAGAAUCAGGGGCCACACAGAAAUGACACGGUGCCGAUUGGUCACUCCAAGGCCUCAGGAGUGCAAGUCGAUGUCAGACGGACGUAAACAAAAGCUUCCUAUCUUCUGGAUGAAUGAAACAACACAAAGCAUGUCUUGCUUUGAGAUACAUCUCUUGUUGAUAGGCUUUGCCUAGCAGUCCGAUCAUAUGUUCCUCUCACAGUAUGUAGCUAUCAGCGACGAUGUUCACGUUUGUUCCUCUCCAUGCAUCAUACAAUAAAAUGAUCUGUUUUGUCGUAGCACUGCAAAGCCAUAUCUGGUAACGGGAAGUCUUACAUUAUGGAAGCUAGUGGACAAAUCCUUUGCCUGUUCCUUACAUCAGAGAUUUGUACAGAAGUGAGGAGGGACGACGACGACAGUACAGUGCAAAUAUCAUGAAAUCUUUCCCGAGUAGCUUUUUCUACCUUGUUUUUUUAAACACAUUUUAUGCAUCUAUAUAGGCGCGAAUGCCAAAUCAAUGCAAUCCAUAACGCAUGUUGGACACAACAAGGCAAGGAUCAGCAGAACUUAUUUUUGAAUGAACAUAACUAUCACACGGAAUGUGAAAUACAGUACAAUAUAUGACACAGGACACAGCCAGAUAGGGCGCUGUGGACAUCUGUGAGAUUCUAUGGCGAGUUCUUAGAUUCGUUAUGACAUACUUUACCGAGUGGCAUACAAUUAUCAUAGUGUAGUUGGAGGAUACUAGCGAUAAAGUGCUAGUUUGCUGAAGUCUUGCAUUCAGGAGUUUCACUGUGCAUUCACUACUAUCUAUUGUUUAGAGUAGACUUAUCUUGCCUGGGCAGCUCAUAUGGAGGAUGCCUCAUUCCAAAAACAAUAUGCUCAAUAAAAACGAAUUGGUUUCAAAUUGAUGUACGUAAUUGUGUUAGUUCUGAUUUAACACUAAUUUGGAUGUCUCUGAGUGGUAUCUAUGUUUGGAAAUGCUGCUUACCAUUGUACUCUUAUCUGUGUACAGAUGUCACAGAUAUCCUAUUUGUAUGCCAUAGUCUCACUCGAAAUGGAUUGUAUGCCGUCAAAGUAUUAUGGUGGCUUAGGGAGGUCGACAGGAAUGCGAAUAGAGAAUUUAUGCAACUUAUCCCUUGCACUUAAACGUUCCCCCAUUGCACAGUGCUAUUGAGGAGCAGUGGAGCUUGAGGGUCCAAGAGGGAAAUGUUUUUAUUUGCUUACUGGAGAAUGAGUUUUGAAUUAUCUUCAUGAAUGAACAUUAAGUACACCAGCCGGAAAAGUAUGAGAGUAUCAUGCUCAACCAUGAUAUGAGAUAUUUCACAUGGCAGUUUUUCAUGCUCGUCUUGCUUGUUACACAUUACUAACAGCUGGAAUUCCAGCCACAGUGCAUGAAAGUACGAGUUUCACAAAUCUAUCACGUCCUAACAACCAAACAUGCCUAUACAAUAUUUCAUCCAUUUAAGUCCUGCUAAGGUUUCAUUCAGUAGUUAUCUGUUUAAAUGACCAGUGGUCAUUUUCCAAAUGUGGGCCAGCAAGUCUGUUGGCUUGGCCAAGGCCCGAUCCAUGUUAUCUUUUCUGUUUCACAGAGGGUCAUUUGAGUUUAUAGACUUUCAAAUGACAAACCCAGCGGAAUGUUGUUAAUACCUAGAAAGCACAAUUUUAUAACCUACAGUUGAUAUACACACACGCAUUCAGUUGUCAUUGGGAGACUUGUGAAAGGAAUCCACAUUAUUGAUACAAUGCCUCUGUAUUAGCCAUGCAGUCGUGAUUUUUCAGGUGUGUGUGAUGUGUGUUAAGUCCUGGAGUGCUUCCUUCAUGAAAGCAUUACCACCUCAAAGGUUACAAAUCAAUAGUCUAACGCCAUUAUAAACUCAAAUCCAUAUUUUCUGGAAUACGUUUCAUUUCAGGGAAUAAUAAUUACAUUUCAGUUUUCAUCCAAGAUGUUCCACUGCUGUUUGUGGACAAGUCAAUGCUCAACACUUACCAUUCAUUUCCUGACCUUUGACCCUAGAGCACCACUGGUUUUUAGGGAACUACUGAAUGGAUGUUUUGCAAAGUUCAACAGCUUGAUGACCUGUACAAAAUGUAAUUGCUUAAAGUAUUUUCUGUAAAAAAAAUAAUUACAUUUUUUUCUGUUCUGCUGUGAAAGGGAGGUUUUUAAACAAAUGUAAAUAUUCAUGGGGGAAAUGGUUCAUUGGUACGACAUCAACAGAAAACAUCACAAUAUCAGGAUAAAGAAGUUGCAUGAAUAACAUAGUCCCUAUUAUGAUACUGCUCUGCAUGUUUUGGAGUCUCAUUCCGCCAAUCACUGUACAAUAAUGGGGUGACACACUUGCUUCCAUGGAAAAGGUGAAUGAAUGAAUAAUAAUGUAUAAAACAGAUCCAACUUAAAACCA